GUCUUGAUCAGUGAGCAUAUGAGAGGAAAGUGAAACCAAGGUGGGAGUUCGAGUUCCUUUCGAGAUGUUGGCUCUCUUGGGUGGUCCUGAGAGGUUGUGUGAUCGAAUUUUCUAAUGAACAACAACGAAUUUUCUAAUGGUAAGUGACCAAGAAACGAUGGCCGGUGUCUUCAAGUCAUCUCUUCCGAAUAGUGGAACACGAAUCCGGCCACUUUUGCUGUCCUCGAAAUACGGUGGAGAGCCUAGUGGAAUACGAAUCCGGCCAUUUUUGCUGGCAUCUUUGUCGAGGAAAAUGAGAGGUGCGGUAGACCGAUUAGUGGCAAUAGUUGCCGCCGUUUCCAGUUCCAAAAGCCCACGUAGUAGGGAUGCGCUCGUACUUAAGAGGAGAAAGAACCGAAAAGCGCGCACCACAGUGGCAAGAGCUCUCUUUGGAUUUUUGUGUCUGUGCUUUUGCGCAAUUGUAGUGCUGAAAUUGGGAAGCGAACUCGCUCUUCUGAGGCAAGGAGAGACUACUUCUGUCUGUGUUGAGGAUGUUUCUAGAUCAACUACAGCGACUUCACUUGAGGCAAAGAGGAGUAUUAGCUCCAGCGCCAUCUCGGCGCCAGCAACGAGUACAUCAGCAACUACUUCGAGGACAGAUAUAAGUGAGACUACCACGGCUGCUACCGAAAACCCACUCGUAGGCUUUUUCGAUUUUCCCAGAAGAACCUUCGCAGCUCUUUCCGAAGUACCCCUUAGCAUCACCAUCUACUUCGAUUCUCUUUCCGAUUUCCUCACUUUGCCCAUCCUAGGCGCACACGCAAUAGGCUUUAUUGAUGGGCCACAUCCGUUACAUUGUCCGACCAAAUUUGAGGAGCUUUUUGACGCGGUGCAGACCGGCGCGAGCCUGUAUAAUCAAGCAGAGGUAGGACAAGCCAAGCGCGUCUUGACCGAAUACAUUGUCAAGUGGGCAAACACGGAUCCGUUGGUCGGCAUGGAGUGCAGUCUAGGAAUGGCCGCAGCGUACAGGACACUUACAUUUGUUAUGUGAACCAAAUCUGUCAGCACCUUGUGUGUAGAUGUGGCAAAGGCGUCCUGUCCUAUUCUACCCUAUCCUCCUAUGGUGGUUUUGUUGCUGCGUUCUUUCUAGAGAAGAGUACUUGCAGGAGAUCGAGAUGUUUUCGUAGAAGGUGUUGCAGGUUUGUUUCAAAAUAAGACGAGACUUCGCUACAACUACUCGUAUCGAAGUUCACCUUCAUACUUCCUCUUCUUAUAAUAUAGUAUACUGUCCUCUAACUCCACUUACUGUGCCAAUCCGCAUACCAACAACCGAAGAGCUUACCAAAUCGGCCUUCGGAUUCUUCACCAGGCAAUGAACUGGAUCACUCACGUUUUCGUGAAGAGCCAGCACGACGCGGACAUGAUCGAUGGGUCCAAGUGGCCUAUUACCAUCCAGCAAAUCAACGAUGAACUCACCAUUAUCCAGAACGUGCUCAAACAAGAUAAUAUACCGAAUUUAUGAGCAGCAGAGAAAUGAUUUGGAUUUGCGAAGAAGUAAGUAGAUAAAGAUAAAGAUAUAUCAUCUUUGUUGAAUUAUGAGGAUGCCCUGACUUAUGAGGGUUACUUACCGGAAGAACCGAAAUUGAGAUGUAGAUGGAGACCGUGCAGCUCGCUGCGUAGAUAGACCACGACACACCCACCUCGCCUUUUCUAACAACCGGCCACCAAGUGCAUCCGCGUCUUGCACCAGGGCUCAUCCAACACGACUUCAAACCUACAGCAUCUUCGUGGAUGUCUAGCGGCGAAAAUCGACACAAAAUUGGCAUUGUCUCGCUUUGCGCUUACCCAGAAGACCAUGUCUUGCCGCGGUAAUAUUUAUUCAAAUAGGAAUCCUGGAUCCUUGGACAUAUCAAGCAAAAUUUCGUGAUUUCCAUAUUCACAAAAAAAGUACAGACCUGCAAUUCGUCGACAGGUACGCUAUGUCGAACCACCAAAUCUACGCGAAAAAACAUGGAUACUCAUAUUUCGUAGAAACGCAACGCGUGGACCCAAAGCGACCGCAUGCUUGGGGAAAGAUCGCUUUACUGGAACAACAAUUGCUCCUUCCAGAUGGGCCAGAGUGGCUCCUUUGGUUUGACUGCGACACCUAUUUCAUGAACAUGACGACCACCAUCGAAUCCGUGCUGUAUCGAUAUUUAUGGCUAGUGAUAUCUAUCAUGUGUGAGAAUUAAGUUAAGUUAUUUAGGUGCACAGAUCGUACGAACAAUACUUGAUGAUGUCCUGUCUAAGUUCCGCAGGGAUUCCAAAAGACGAACUCGCUAGUAGAGAAGCAGGCGCAGCUAGCCAAGCAAACAAAAUCGCUACACAGCCGCGAUUCGAAACGAAGUCGAAGAUCUAUUCAGUUUAUGAAGACAAAGCUGUAAAUCAUAUGUAUCUAUAGGAAACCACUUGCACUUCGUAAUUUCUUAGUAGAAAAAGAAUGCAGCAGCUGUAUUUCUACUUCAUGACACAUAGAUAUAGCCGACAUUUCUCAAGUACAUGAAACUCCGACACCACAAUGGUGUUUUCUUCAUUCUUCCGAUGAUGUGGUAUUGGAUCCAACGGUGCAUCUGAUCAUCGCGGAAGACAAUGCAAUGUUGAAUAGCGGCACUUUCUUUGUGAAAAAGUCCGAGUGGAGCGUGAAUUUGAUGCGACAAAUAUGGGGCGAUGAGAAGACCAGUCCGUGGGUCGACCAUCCGUGGUGGGAGAAUGCUGCGCUUACUUGGUAUUGUUUUUUUACACUUUUCUUGAUCUUGCUCGGGGUGGUUGUAGAUACAGUAGAUGCGCGAGUCGCAGAAUUCCAGCAGUGCGGCAGAUGAAUGGCGGGCGGGUCGCCCGUGGGGGUCCAGGCUCCGGCAAGGCGCUCGCGGCUACGGGUCCGAUUGACAUCGCGCGGGAAUGUGAAUGAACGGGCAGAAGCGCGCCCCGCCUAGGAGGAGCCAGGACCCCCGAAGCGAAAGGCGAUAGGCAACAGGUGACGCGCAUGCAAGCCCCGCCACGGCCUUCAGAGCGUGGGCGCAUAUCGUAGCAGAGUGGGCGCUCGAGCUCAAAAGAGAAGCAGCCGCCCCUUCGGGCUCUGUUUGCGUGGGGUUUGCCGGUUUUGGGAUUGUGCUGAAAGAAAAGGCCACGCGCCAAGCUCCUGCAGGAGACUGGCCGCGGCGCUUGGAUCACCGGGCGGAGAAGUGCGCCGCCUGGGCCAGUUGGUUCUUCGGUUUGCUGUACAUCAAAGAAAAGGCAAGGCGCUCAAGGGCUGGCCUUGGGGUUUCUUUGCUGUGCCUGCAUGUCGUCGAAGGGCGUGAAUGAUAGGACGCGCGGGCUUUCAACUAAGAACGCAGGGAGGCACCCAGCUGCGUGCCCUGUCGCCGGGGCCGGAGAGGUCAAGGCCUCAAUCACUUGGCAGCUGCUUCAUGACUUUCCGCGAGAGAUCAAACGGAUGGCAAACCAUGGCUUCCGUAACCGCGGACAUUUUGGCUCAAGACAAGCGCCCAAAUAUCAGCUUCGAAACGUCUCCCAGCUCUCCGCCUUCUGAUCGGCUCAGAGCCACGGCAGGGCCAUUUGGUAAAGCUGCAACGCCUGGCGUGCAAGCGGUUGAAGGAUGGCGCAGCGCAGCGCGUAGCAUCUGCAGCGACUGCCUGAACAUAUGGGAAACGUUAUUGCGAGCCAGUGCGGUGAUAGAUCGCGGCGAUCCUCUGAGCUUAGUCGAGUGCUUUGAGUGGAAUAAACGGGCCGACGGGUGACGUGUUGCAUUUGAGCAGGGGGCGGCAUAUGAACGCGGGCGGCGGCGGUAUUUGCUCACGCGUCGCGCCCUCGCGGCUCUGGAUGCAAUCGCAGGCAGGUCGAAGAAAAAGCGCGCCCCUGUGAAUCCAUGCGACCGCGGAACCAUCUGGCUGAAGAACCGGAGCCAGCAAUACGAGGCCAACGGUUCGCGUUUCUGUCACUAAGCAGACGCCGAGCACAGGACAGGCUGAACUGGCAACAAUCCAUCUACUAAUACGCCGCCAGUCAUGACGGAUUGCCCCGCGCCUUCGGGGCCCAGUGGGGUUGCGCUGACGAAUGCGGCUACAAGCCGCGCCGCCGGCAUCGUGAUGGCCUUCGGUCAGGCUUUGGAAGAUGCCUGCGCCAGCAAAAACGCUACCUGAUGGAAUGCUCCGCACAGUUGUCCAAACUAUCGCCACAGCAUGGCUUUAUCGCUUUACGGACGUCAAGGCACGAGCGAGAGAGUACCUGCGGCACAUUGGGCGCAACGCUCGCGACUCUUACAAAUCGGCCGAACUCUUUCGCGUGGUGCUUGCUUUUGGUUACCAGAUUGUCGCGGACGCCGAUGCCAUGGACACUCCGCUCGAGCUGUCUGUAGCCGUUUCCAUGUAAUACAUGGAACGGCUACGGACAUCGCUGACCGGCUCACUGCGGUCUUACAGGUCAAGCGUCAGUGCGCCCUUUAUCGUAGCGCGGCGCCAUUGAUUGCGGCACAAGAAGAGCACGGCUUGAAUAGACAGAGGAGGAGCAAUACGAGAUCAACGGAGCACCUUUCUGCCACUAAGCAGACGCCGAGCACAGGCGCAACUGGCAACAAUCCGUCUACUAGCACGCCGCCAGUCGUGACGGAUCGCCCCGCGGUUGCGCCGCUUGGCAUUCAUGUGUCGGAUGUUGUCUGCUGUCGUGGUGAUGCUUGCAAGCCAGUUGGCGAAUUGGGGAAACUUCUGGGGCCUUUGUGUUUUCGCUAAUAAAACGAAAGCGGUCGAGAAAGAUCGAGCGACGGGUGGCGGAAACGCCCGGAGCCCCCCGAAGAGCACCGGGGCCACUGCUACCUCGGUCAGACGUAAGCCAUGCCGCCAGCGAGUUGGCUUCGCCCAAGGAGCGCAACGCACCGCCGGCGCCUGGCGAUGGGGUCGACGCCAGGAGGAACGCGGGGGCCAAAGUCGCCCGCUGGCAGGGUGUUAGGCAUUUCCGCUGCUUAAGAGGACCGACGGGAGACGCGUGGCGGCGUGCCCAAGCUUGGGAGCUUUGUGUGCUUCGCUUCUUGCCCCCGCCUCCGGGGCUGAACGAGGCGGCCUUGGGCCAAGGCGUCGGCAAACAAUGGACGGCGACCCAGGCCGGGCCCUUUGGAUUUGUUGGGAAUUCUUUGGAGGAGAUAGCGGCGCAUGUCAGCAAGGUAAUUCUGGGACUCGGCGAUGGGAUUGGCGGGCCUUCAGUCCAGACAUUGGCUACAGCGGUAGCCGCUUUUGGGCUGCAUUUCUACGCUGCUGGGGGUUUAUAUGCUAACAAAACAGCGGGCGCUGGAAAGUCGGCCAGCAGCGGGGUCGUGUGUCUUCAGUGCGUCGGGCUGUGUUGUGGUCCCCCGCUGCAGGUCUUGCCGUGUGCGUGGUCUGUCUCUCGUGACAUAUGUCGCAAAGUUCAACCAAAGUACGCACAUUGCUGCGCCCACGCGUGUCGCAGCCGCUUCGGUGCUGCGGGUGAGGGGCCGGGCUCGCUGCCGCACGUGGCAGGACCGCGGCCGCUUCUCGGGGCGGGGCGUUGUAGGAUAGCUACCAACCACCAACGACGAGCUUGCGGCGGUAGCUGGCAGGUGGUCCCCCCUAAGAUACAUCGCGCGCGCUGCCGACUUAACUCAACAUCUCUAGGUAGGCAUAAUUGAUUCCUUAGAGGACAUCUCAACGUGAUUCGCAAACUUAACUCAGCAUCUCUAGGAAUUCCCUAAAGGACAUCCCAACGCGCUUCGAAAACUUAACUAAACAUCUCUAGGCACUUCCUGAAGGACAUUCCAGCGCGUUUUGCUGA